CAUGAAAAGGACAAAAAGAAAAAGGAUAUUGAAGAGCUCUCAUACUUAUCAAAUUAGAAUAAAUGAAAAUUGAAAUUCUUUCAAAUCGUUUUCGAUAAUUUAUUGAAAUUAAUAUGUUGAUUGUUCGUUUAAUGAAAUUAAAUCGGUUUUAACCAAAUUAUCAACAACCAUAGAUGAGAGCGAUUAGGAGAAGAAUAAAAAAAAAAAAAUGAAUGUUGAUAACUAUUGCUUAAUUUGAUCCAUUUCUGUUCAGUGAUUUGUCCCAUGAGCAUAUAUUUGUAUAGGAGCCACCACCAUCAAUCAAGUGAAGUUAUUGUUGACAAAAAAUGGAUCUCUAAAAUCUGUACCCAUUAUUAAAUUCAUUUAUCCAUCAUCUCUUAACAUUAUAAUUCUGAUUUUGAUAUGAUGACAGGGUUUUAGGUGACGAAACAAGGUCGGUGACUUUAAGAGAGGUGUGGCCUCAUCGACAAUAAUGAUUUUUUGUAAUCCCUAGGAAAAAGGUCAAAAUUUCAUAAUUACUUUUGGAACUUCUCCUUUUUCCAUUAUGUAUAUUUGGUUGAACGUGUUUGAUAAAACAAAACAGGGGAGUGAAUUGAAGCCGAAAAGUGAAACCCAUGGCUGGGAAAUUUACAAAGUGUAUGAUGCUUUGUUGCUCGGCAAAGGAACCGGAAGAUAUGGGAAGUGAGUCAUACGAGGAGGCGAUUGCAGCUUUGUCGAAGCUCCUCAGUGAUAAAGCUGAUCUCGGAAGUGUCGCCGCCGCAAAAAUCAAACAGAUAACGGCCGAGUUAGAGGCAGCUGCCGACCCGACACAGUUCGACCCAGUCAAGCGGAUCGAAACCGGUUUCUUUCAUUUCAAGAAAGAAAAAUAUGAGAAAAAUCCUAAUUUGUACGGUACACUUGCCAAAGGCCAAAGCCCCAAGUUUUUGGUAUUUGCAUGCUCGGAUUCUCGAGUCUGCCCCUCCCACAUCCUGAAUUUUCAACCAGGGGAGGCUUUUAUGGUACGAAACAUUGCCAACAUGGUCCCGCCCUAUGAAAAGACAAAAUACUCAGGAGUUGGCGCGGCCAUUGAAUAUGCAGUCCUGCAUCUUAAGGUGGAGAAUAUUAUGGUUAUUGGACACAGCUGCUGUGGAGGUAUCAAAGGGCUCAUGUCUAUCCCAGACGAUGGGACCACUUCUAGUGAUUUCAUAGAACAAUGGGUCAGCAUCUGUGCACCUGCAAAGACCAAGGUGAAAUCAGAAAAUAAUGAGCUGAGUUUCUCAGAACAAUGCACCAACUGCGAGAAGGAGGCAGUGAAUGUAUCUCUGGGGAACCUAUUGACAUAUCCAUUUGUGAGGGAGGCAGUGGUGAAGAAAACCCUUGUCUUGAAGGGUGCACAUUAUGAUUUUGUCAAUGGAAAGUUUGAUGUCUGGAAUCUGAACUUCCAGAUCAUACCCACUUUAGCUGUAUGAGCAUUUUUGCAUUUUCACCAUACAGUAAAGCUCCUCUUGCAAUGCUGCUUGUAUGUUUCCUCGUCGAUACCAUUCCCAUAGAAUAAAAACAGUGGUCGGGUCAUUUCUUGUUUCACUUUGUGUUUAAUUUCCUCUGUCAAAAAAAGUAGUGCUAUUUUGUACUCAAGAAAGAAAAUUUUGAGUUAAUGAGUAUGGCUAGUUCAUGUUUGCACCUUGCGAAACAUAAUGGAGUAGUGUUUUCUCCAAUUUUUGUUCGGAUCGAGUUAAUGAAGAGAGAAUGAACAUGCAUUACUGUUACCAUUUUCUUUGCAUGAUCUGAGUCUGAGCUUUUUCUUGACUUUGUAGUUGUUAUUCAGUGCAAUAAUGGAUGUGAAAUUUGCACUAAUCGUUUUGAAGGAACAUUUGAAACAGAGGGGAAAGGAAAGAACAUUCAUGAAACAGAGUCUCUCCCUGGAUCAUAGACCCUAUCUGUGAUUUACUUCUUGCUGUGGCAGAAACUUAAAAGCCUCUUUUAAGGCUUACAAGGCCUAGUUUCCAUUUUCACUGCCAGCAGUUCUUUCCGGUGAAUAAUCUAUAAAUUUAGUGUAAAUUUUUGACGAAAUCGGCCAUAUUUCUUGUCCGUGGAAUGGGAUAACAUUCUUUCACCUAAACUUUAUUGUAAAGAAAAAAAAAAAACUUAAAAAAGGCUAUUUUGGAAGGCUAAAUUGCAAAAACUU